AUGACAACCAACCAUCGACCUACACUAGAGAGCAAGCGCGGCCGUGCUAAUGCUAUAAAAGAUACCAUCCAGCACUCGCGUUCUCUUAAUAGUCAGACAUCUUUGAAGCUUCGGCUGGACGUUCAAGGCACCAAGUUUGAUCGUUCGGUAGGUAAGAGGGCACUUGAUGAGCUUGAGGAAGAACGAAGAGUGAAGAGGGUCAUUGAAAAGACCCCAAAUGAUGGGGUAAGAACUCAAGGUUUAAAGGAAGCAGACGAUAAUGAAGGUGAAGAAGAUGUUUCCGUUCAAGGGAAAGAUGUGGAUAAAGAAGAAGACGUUGAAGACGUUGAAGAAGCGGACAAUGAUAGCGAUGACGAUGAAGAUGAUGAAGAUGACGAUGAAGAUGAUGAAGAUGACGAUGAAGAUGACGAUGAAGAAGCACUUAUGGCCGAACUAGCGAAGAUAAAAAAGGAAAAAGAAAAGAAAGCAAUCGCUCUAGCUGGUAAUCCCUUGAUUUCACCAGAUGGAAACGAAACUACCACUAAGAAGAGCUGGAGAGGAAAUGCCCCUUUCGCCAAGAAGUCUGCAACCCAGCAAUCUUUUACUACAAACACAUUGGAGUCCGACACCCACCGCAAAUUUCUCUCGAAAUACUUUCGAUAA